UCCUGAUCUGAGUCACGCUCUGCACAACGCAAUACCAACUUCUGCAUCCAACCCCCCCCGACCGCGCCGUGGCUCGUUAGUCAUUUAGUCUGUCCCGCUCACAGGGAAUCUCUCUUGGAACCACUCAACCUAACACAAGUGCAAUAUUGCUGCAACUCUUCGAACUACAUGUCCGGUAAAAGGCCCCGAGCCGCAUACGAGGCUGAUGGCGGUGAAGGAAGCAAUUCGAACUCAGCUCCGUUCGUUGCGUUCGGGACUGCGCUGCCGGCGUCGGAUUCCGAGACCAGGGAUGAUGGGAGUUACGUUCCUGUUUGGAAACAGGAGGUUACAGAUGAGCGUGGGAGGAAGAGGUUGCACGGGGCUUUCACUGGAGGUUUUAGUGCUGGGUACUUCAAUACUGUUGGGUCUAAAGAAGGAUGGACCCCCGCAACGUUCAAGUCCUCCCGCGGUGCACGAGCGAAGGCUGCCCAAGCCCGGCCCGAAGACUUCAUGGAUGAGGAAGAUCUCAAGGAAGCCGCGGAAGCACAGGUUGUCGAAACGGCGUCCGGGUUUUCUGGGAUUGGGUCUACGGAAGAGGAGCUCGGCCGGAGGGCUAGACAGGUUACUCUAAUGGACCUUCUCACGCCUGCUGUGCAGGAUACGAUGGGCGCCAAGCUUCUGAAGAAAAUGGGCUGGAAGGAAGGGCAAGGUAUUGGCCCCAAGGUCCGGAGGAAGGCUGUGAUUGAUGAUGCCGUGGACGACACCGGGAAGACCUAUUUUUUUGCACCGACAAAUAGUGCAAUUGUUACGCUCACACGGAAGAAUGAUUCUAAAGGACUGGGGUUUGUGGGCGAGGAACGCCUACAGCAAGGGAAAGAACUAGAGAUCGAGCGUCCGGCUGUGAAGGAGAAAAAGAGGAGGGGUGGUGGGUUUGGUGUGGGGGUCCUGAACGAUGAUGGCGACGAGGAGGAAGAUCCCUACGAAAUUCGGCCGAAGAGUGCCUAUAACCGCGUGAUCGGGGGCGAGAAGAAGAAGGCUGCGAUUGUGAAGAAGCCGGCUAGACAUGUUUUUGUUUCCAGGAGGGUAGGUAAAUCAAAGGCUACGAUGUCUUUACUGAAAUGUCAUGAUGGGAGGUUACCUCUAGAAGGCUUUAUCCUAUCUACAGAGCCAGUCCAGACACAGGAUGGGUGGUACCCUCCACCCACAGUUCCGAAAGAUUGGAAACCGGCUAGCUUGAAGACCCCAGGACCCCAGGGCACCAAGCCCACCGCUGCUCCGAGUUUGGAGCAGAAGCUUGACCCUCAUCUACGAGGGAAGUUGCUAGGAGAGACACCAUUGCCGGGAAAGUCGGUCUUCGACUUCUUGACUCCAGCCGUGAGAGAUAGGCUUGCCAGUGUUACGGGAAAUCAGAACCUACCGCCAGCCUUGGGCGAGGCACCGCCCACCACGUAUUCAAGCUCAUCGUCGUCUAUGGCAGACCUCGUCCCUAAGCUUGAUAAAAGCCAAGCCUUGGGCGCACUCAAAGGAGGUUUCAUGCCAUACGCAGACGACCUCGAGAAGCGAUCACGAUACCGAGCAUUCUUAGAAGUGCAAGCAGGGCUGAGAGAGGGGUUGCCAGAUAGGAAAUAUGGCAUGAACACCCAGGGCUGGGUUAAAGAAAUGAACGAGUUUAUGGGCGCAGCGCGCAUAUUCAAGCCUUUGACUGGCAUGAUAGCCACUCGGUUUACCCCAUCUUCCUCGUCAUCUUCAAAUAUUCAAGGAGAUACCGAUGUACCAACCGACCCAGACGUACUCAUCCAUCGUCCCCAGCAAAAGACAGAAGACCCUGCACAGGCCGCCGCUCGAAUGUCCAUGUAUGGCCCGUUAACCCGGUCUGUUAUAGACUUCUACCCAUCAAGGCUGCUAUGCAAACGGUUCAACGUCCCACCACCCAAUUAUUCUAACGCGCCGGCCAGGGCUAUGGAGAGGUCUACCGGCCCGGAGAAUAAGCCUGGUCCCUCGAGAGAGCUAGCUGCCCAGGCUCAAAUUACGAAUAUGAUGAGGGAGGUGAAAGGCGACGAUAAGUAUGAGCUCCCGGGGGUGGAGCAGAAACCUAUUGUGCCGACUGUGGAUACUGGGAGGAAUGAGGCUCUGGAAGGGGAGAGGGCUGGGGAGGAAGUUUUUAAGGCAAUCUUUGGAGAUUCGGAUGAUGAUUCAGACGACGAAUAGAUAUGGAGCUAAUAGGAUAGCGUGGGGAGAUUUUAUUCAUAUCUUUCUCGGAUGGAGACAUGGCAGUUAUUUAUUGUAGACCUAUUUCAUAGGCACCCGUGUUGCCUGAAGGUGUGUGUAACUUAGUUACGUCUGCUCUAUUACUUUAAAAGAAUCUGGGAAAAGACAAGAGUAUAGCAGGGUUUGUUAUCUUAA